GGUGAAAAGUUUUCAGACCCCCCCCUCCCCGCCUGUGUGUGUUUUUGUUGGGGGAAAAGUUGCUGGAAGUUCGGUCGUGUGAAUGUAGCGUGUCGGCAGUUUUUCGCCCCUCACUGAAAGAGGGAAUGCGGAUUAAAACUCAUGUGAAGUCGGACAGCGAUCUUUUGAGCUGGGGUUGUAACUUUUUUUACGCGCUGUUCGGCUCGGACGAAGAAAAAAAAAUCUCAGCGAGUAGCCGUUUCAUCGCUUCGCCCUGCUAGCUAAAACAGUCCCCCAACAAAGUUCUCGCUACCUCGCCUCAUCCUUGCCCGUCUCCCUGGGAGAACUUCCAGCUUCGGAAAGAUGGCGGAAACCAAAAUUAUCUAUCACAUCGACGAGGAGGAGACGCCGUACUUGGUGAAGAUCCCCAUAGAUGCUGAAAACAUCACUUUGCUGGAUUUUAAGCAGGUUUUGAACAAGCCGAACUACAAAUUCUUCUUCAAGUCUAUGGACCAAGACUUCGGGGUGGUGAAGGAGGAGAUUUCAGACGAUAGUGCCAAGUUGCCAUGUUUUAAUGGCAGAGUGGUGUCAUGGUUGGUAUCUUCAGAGACUCCAGCUGCAGAGCCUCCAGUUGCAGUGGUGCCCCCCGUGGAAACGACGACCCAGCCAUCACCACCUCCACCACCCCUUCCACCCCCUCCUGCAGAGAGAACUGGAGGCAUUGGGGACUCCAGACCUCCCUCCUUCCAUCCCAAUGCUGCGGGCAGUGUGGAGACGUUGGACGACCCGACUGAAACGGAGUCUGUAGUUUCCUUCAGAAGGGAGAGACCACGGCACCGAGAGAACGUAGAUCAGCACGGGCCCCAUGUGAACGGCCAGAGUCGGCUGGAGCGCCACCUGGCAGGGUACGAGAGCUCCAGCACGGUGAUGAGCAGCGAGCUGGAAACCACCAGUUUCUGUGACUCUGAAGAUGACGACACCAUGAGCAGGUUCAGCAGCGCAACGGAGCAGAGCACUGCAUCGAGGCUUCUUAAAAGGCACCGUCGACGGAGGAAACAGCGCCCCCCACGUCUAGAGAGGGCCUCAUCCUUCAGCAGUGUGACGGAUUCCACCAUGUCCCUGAACAUCAUCACCGUCACACUCAACAUGGAGAAGUACAACUUCCUGGGCAUCAGCAUCGUGGGUCAGAGCAACGAGCGAGGUGAUGGGGGGAUCUACAUCGGCUCCAUCAUGAAGGGAGGAGCGGUGGCUGCAGAUGGUCGAAUCGAACCUGGUGACAUGCUGCUGCAGGUGAACGACAUCAACUUUGAGAACAUGAGCAACGACGACGCGGUGCGAGUUCUCAGAGAGAUCGUACACAAACCAGGACCGAUCAUACUGACAGUGGCGAAGUGUUGGGAUCCAGCUCCUCAGGGAUACUUCACUCUGCCUCGCAACGAACCAAUUCGACCAAUUGACCCCGCGGCGUGGGUCAGUCACUCUGUAGCCAUGACGGGAGCGUACCCCCCCUACCCUGGCAGCUCCUCGCUCAGCACCAUCACCUCCUCCUCCUCUGUCACCGAAACUCAGCGUUUCGAUGACUUUAACUUAUCUCUACACUCCGACAUGGCGUCAGUGGCCAAAGCCAUGGCUUCACCAGAGUCUGGUCUGGAGGUCCGUGACCGCAUGUGGCUGAAAAUCACCAUCCCCAACGCUUUUCUGGGCUCAGAUGUGGUGGAGUGGCUGUUUCACCACAUCGAGGGGUUCCAGGACCGCCGAGAGGCCAGGAAGUACGCCAGUAACCUUCUGAAGGCUGGCUUCAUUCGACACACGGUCAACAAGAUCACCUUCUCGGAGCAGUGCUACUACGUGUUCGGAGAUCUGAGCGACUGUGAGAACUACAUGGCCAAUCUAUCCCUGAAUGACAACGACGGUUCCAGCGGGGCUUCGGACCAGGACACAUUGGCUCCCCUGCCGCUUCCCGGCGCCUCCCCCUGGCCCAUGAUGCACACCUUCCCCUAUCAGCCCUACCCCACCCAUCCGUACUCCACCCAGCCUCCUCCGUACCACGAGCUCACCAGCUACAGCUACGCCCCCGGCAGCACGGGAAGCCAGCACAGCGAAGGGAGCCGGAGCAGCGGCUCAACGAGAAGCGAGGGCGAGCGACGACGCGGCACCAAAGGCCCUGGCAGCACAGUGGGGGGAGGGGAGAAGUCCCCCUCCGGCGGGGUUGGAGAUGGAGGCGGGGCCGACUCCCGCUCUGGGAGCGGAAGUGAAUCGGAGUACUCCACCCGCAGCAGCCUGAGACAAGGCCACGGCUCAUCCGCCCCCAGUGAGCACAGUCACGCCUCUUCUCAGCGCUCACAUCAUCACCGCAUGCCGCAGCCCCCCCACAUGUCCCCCUACCCGCCGGGCAUCCUGCCAUACAACCCCAUGAUGGUGAUGAUGGUGCCCCAGCACCCGCACCCGGCCAUGGCGACCGCACACGCACUCCAGCAGCUACCACCAGCCUCCAUGCACCAAGCCCUGCCCCCUCCUCCCUCCUCCACCCCAGGCGGGCCACCCGGGGCCCCGCCCACUCGUGACCUGGGCUCGGUUCCUCCAGAGCUAACUGCGUCCCGCCAGUCGUUCCACCUUGCGAUGGGCAACCCCAGCGAGUUCUUUGUGGAUGUCAUGUAGUCCGGUUCCUGCUGGUUCUGAUGAGGAUCUGCUCCUAAACUAAUCGGAUUCAGGGCACCUGUUAGAGAUUAGGUGACAACAGGGUUUAAAACAAAACGAAAAAUAAAUUUAAAUGUCUAAAAACUACUUUCUUAUCCACAGAAUCACCAGCCUGUUAAUCUCGCUGUCGUGUCUCAGUAUCGUUUUUACCAGUUCUGAGGACACCCAAGUGCCUGCUUCUUACAAUCCUAGAUUAGAAUUAGUUAAUCUGAUCUCAGACGGCCUCCAGCAAAACUCACUGACCACCGAUGAACACUAGAGGGCGCCAUAGACACCAUCAGUUUGGAGCGGCUAGAAUCCUGCAUGUACAGUUGCUGAAAGCCCACAUUGUUUGCUCGCAUACACGAGUGGGUUGAGUGCCUUUACGCUUAGUUUUUUAGAUGUUUUCAACACUCCAGGUACACGAGAAACGCAAACGCUGUCCCACUUUGUCUGACAAUAAACUUCCUCUGUGUAUAAAGAGCCUAACUCUAAUGUGAAAAGACAAAACGGUCCAAUGAUGUUCAGAUAUCACUGCCUGUGUUUAGUCAUUCAGUAGGGCUCCUGUUCUGAAGGGUACCACGAGCUUUCUGAAUGUGACUAAAGGUUUGAUGGUAGUUCAUCUGGGGAAAAGACUGAUAGCGGUACUUAGUGAUGACAUCAUUACUGUGAGCCACACGCCUCCACUCCCAGUGCUCAUGCAAUGUUACAGACUCGCAUUAUUCACCAGUUUCUUGUUUUGUUUUUGUACGAGUGAAGAUUGAAAUCAUGUAUAACCCAACUAUAAAGGUGCUAAAUGAAGAGUCAGCGUUUCAGAAAGACCUUCUCAAUGUCACUUCAUUUGAUUUCAUGUUGCCACCUUUGUGUAUUUGAGAAUAAAUUUGAUACUAGCUCACAGUUUAGAUUGGAUUAUUUUAACUUCCCAUUGGAGAGAAGUCUCACAAAAGUCAACAGACACAGGGAAUGCUGCAUUAUUUAGUUCGACACGUGAGAGAGAGCAAGGGUUGGUUUGAUCAUACACAAAUGACACCGUAAAAGUGUAAGCAUUGGGAGUUUCAGAGAAUUUGACAUUUUAUUGAUUUUAUCAAUACUAACUUGUUUAUCUUCACUUCUGAAUACAUGGGAUUAUUCAUAGGAUUUGAGUCUGCAUCACAAGUCUUCAGAAGGUGAGUCCAAUUCAAAUCUUGAGUCUUAAAAGGAUGGGUAUAAGAUGAGUCACAAAAAUCUGGCGUGCAAGUCAAGUUUCACAUCUUUAGAGAUUGAAUCCAUUUCAAGUCACAAGUCUUUAUAGGGCAAGUCCAGGUUAAGUCGAGCCUUUAGAAUGUGGGUCAAUUUGCAGUUCUUUAUAGGCUGAGUCAGGUCAAGUCUUUAGAGGACAGGUCCGGGUCAGGUGACAAGUCUCUAGAGGGUGGGUCCAGGUCAAGUCAAGUCUUUAGAGGGUGAGUCUAGGUCAGGUCAAGUCUUUAGAAAGUGUGUCCGAGUCAGGUCUCAAGUCUUUAGAGGGUGUGUUUGGGUCAUGUCACAAGUCUUUAGAGAUUGAGCCUGGCUGACACAGAACCAAAGUGUUAGUAAUUUAUUUAAUAAAUUUCUGUUUUCAAUUCUAAAUCAUCAAUAUUUCAUUAUCAAUAUAUUAUUUAAAAUAUUUGAUGGAAAAGACUAUUUCCGUUUGUUAAAACCAGUAUGCGAGUGUGGAAAGCCCACCAGGACUACAGAGUUUACCACUAUUACACUAGAAGGCAGCAGGGGGCGCUAACGUGAUAAUGAAGCGGACGCUUAGCGGCUUUGAGCCCGAAGAAGAAGAAGAGGCGAGGCGACGCGACUAACAGCAUCGUUUCUCUGGCGGCGUUUGUGACGGUGUAACUACUUAGGGAAACUUUUUACCGUUUAUUAACUUCAG